CGAUGUUGUCAAUGUCCUUUUGUCCUAACUAAAACACCAAAUAGAACAAAAAGCUAUUUUUUUAAAAGUAUAAUAAGGAAUUACCUAAUGUUUCUUAGUGAUUAGUACAAAUUAGACUACCCACUCAUUUUCACAACGAAUUAUGUGUAUAUGUUGAUAUCCUUUUGUGAAUUUCAAUAUUUUAAUUGCUCAAAUGGCAAACGACGAAUGUAUGAACGAUUAUCGCAAUUUUUUUCAGUAUUUUCAUGAAACGUUAGAUCCUAAUGAUCAACUACCUGUUAGAAUAUCUAGUUAUAGGUUGUUUAAAGAAGAAGUUGUUGGUGCAAUCUUCAACUGGACGAAUCAGUAUUUAAAUGAUAAAAAAUGCCCUCGGCACCUCAUUUCUUUCCUUUCAAGAAUAGUGAUAGAAGAAACAAGAAAACGUUGCAAGAAGCAACCUGUCCAAUGUGGAUUCAAUCCAUCCGAAAAUGCUUAUGGGCCUUUGAAAUUGAUGCAUACAGUGAUAGAGGUGAUAAAUGAGGUCUGCCUUAAUUAUAAGUCGAGCCUGAAUGUACAAAACAGACAAAACAUGGCUGUGUCAUAUCCCUUGCCCGCACCUGAAGACGUUUAUAGUGUAGUUAGUACGUCGGCUUUGAAGAAUAUGAGGAGAAAAAUGGAGGAUCGAUUGAUAGUUGUCCAUGAUUUGAAUACAAUAUUUACCAAACAGGAUACUACACCGUCCCAUUAUUACGCAGUGUUCGACGGUCAUGGCGGCGAACAUGCAGCAGCCUACAGUGCUAACCAUUUACAUCAAUACCUCGCUGAAAGUACAAAUUUUACCUCAAAUCCCGAACAAGCAAUACGAGACGCCUUCUCCAAAACCGACUGCAUGUUCAUCAAGAAAUGUGAAACUGAGAAAAUCGAUUCUGGAACGACAGCCGUUUGCGCCCUCUUGUUACCUAAGGAGAAAACUUUGUACGUGGCUUGGGUGGGAGAUUCCCAGGCUGCUCUAGUGAGCGGGGGUAAGGUACGGUCCUGUGUAGAACCCCAUAGGCCGGAUAGACAGGAUGAACGUCAAAGAAUUGUCGACGAAGGCGGUACGAUCCUGCAUUGGGGCGUUUGGAGGGUAAACGGCAAACUUAGUGUUUCAAGAGCAAUAGGUGAUGCAGAUUACAAACCCUACGUGAGUGCCACACCUGAUAUAGUAAAGAUCCCUUUGGGAGGGGAGGAAGAUUUCCUCAUCCUUGCUUCAGAUGGUUUAUGGGAUCAUUUAACAAAGAUCAAAACUGCCAAAGUUGUUUAUGAGGCUCUAUAUUUCAGCCCAGAAAGGGCGAAGACGAUCAGCAGGGACUUGGUGGAUUUGGCCAAACGCAACGGAUCGUCUGACAACAUCUCGGUGAUCGUAGUCUUCCUCAGAGAUCCGCACCAGAUAGCUUCGGGGUUGAGGUGGGACAAUCGCCUCGUAAUCAUGGACACCCUGGACAACGCGAACAACCCCUUCGCCAUACCGAACAAGACGAACAACGAUGACCUACUGCUGAAUUUCGCCGAUGAACUGAAGAAGGACGACAUACCGAACAACGACCUGAUCAAGAUGUUGGAGAAAUCCAACUGCGGCCGAUUGACCCCGGACUUCGACAAGGACAACCUGGGACCGGAGACCAACGUCGACGUGCCGGACGACGGCCCGACGUCGCCGAAUUUCGACCAGAUGAAACGGCCGACGGAGGCCCUCGACAACAACCAGAACUGCAGUAAUCCGUUCAACGACAUCGAGAAGUCGCUGGAGCUGAACCUGAACCUGAAAGCGGGCACCUUCGAGGGGUUGACAUCGCCCACCGUGGAGGAAUGCGUUCCGCCUGCGAAUUCCGUCCACAAUGUGUCUCAGCUAAUUGAUGCAGGGGCAGAGAGCGAUUCAGAGGAGGACGAAGAAGAGUGGAACUACGUCAGGGGGGAAGAGGCCAACAAAGAGAACGCCAACCCGUUGCCACUGAGCUCACAGGUUUUUCCUCAGGUUGCCGAGGAGGAGGACGAAGACAUAGAAAACGCAAUGUCCCAGUUAAAUCCGAACGCGGCCGAAUUCAUCCCGUCGCCUGCACGCGCUGUAGCGUCUCCGUUGGGCAGGCUGUUGGACGAGGACCAGGUACUUUCAAGGUCGCCAAAGAAGCCGCCUCCGACGGAGGUGGACAUAAACGUCCCCAAUCAGCGCGAUUUCGAAAAGGACAUCUCGUUGAAACCGCACGAAAUAGAAGAGGCUUUCAGCAACGGCCAUCAGGACGCCUUCAACAACGAAACGAACGCUAUUAACGCGUUAAACAGUAGAUUGGAUGAAUUCCACUUCGGACCUAACGCGGCUCCAUUCACGCCAGCCAAACUGCUGGAUCAGUCUGAGACCUCGUCCACGAGGGCUAACUACGGCGACGAGUCUGAGCUAGGCGUAUCCUUCAACGACUCCAUGCUCAGUCAGGAUCAGAACGAUUUCGUACAGAAAGAUGACCCUAUGUCCAUGUCCUUCCACCAGGACAGAUCGGACGAUUCCAAUCUCUUCGACCUGAAUAAGGUGCACGUUUUGCCCGAAAAUGUGGACGAGUUUAUAGCCAAAGAAGACAAAGCCAAUUCCUUGUUCGAUGACACAAUUUCCGAUUUGACAGAGCACUUUCCACUGGGUAAUCCCGAGGAGAAAUCGAAACUGGCCGAAACAGAAUUCACUACAGAUCUAGACCACGAGGAUAAAAAUAUGGAACAACUCGACUUCAACCAAUCGAGUACGCCAAUAGAGGAUAGAUCCCAGUCCCCUUCGGAUACUCAGACUUCCGUCGAUGAUGAUAGGGUGCUCUCUCCGAGGGAGGAAAUCAGAACGCCGGUGGAAGAAGCCAGCCAAGCCUCGCCGGUUGAAGAAUGCAAAAUACCCAAAAUAGAAGAGCAUUUGGAUAUUCAAGACCGAGAAGAAACUAGAUCGAAAUCGCCAAACGAACAAAACAGACUGUAUUCUCCAUUCGAAGAUGAGCAUCUGAUAUCAUCGCCUGUUGAAGAGCACAAGUCGCCUUCUCCAUACGAAGAGAAGGAAAUGUACUCCACGCAAGAAGAAAAAGACGUUUGUUCCCCAGUCGAAGAAAACGAUGUUUGUUGUUUGAUCAGCAAACAAAACGAACCUCGGAAUGACGAAAAAGAAGUGUUUGAGGAGAAAGAUUUGCUUAGCGAAAAAGACUUAAUCCAAGAAGAAAAAUAUAUGGAAGAAAAACAACUCGAAGAUGUUGAAUCAGUGGCCGAAAAAGAAGUGAUAGAGGAAAAAGAUGUAUUGGAGCCGCAGAGAGAAAACUUCUCACCGGUAGAAGCCAUAGCCUCCCCAGAUUCAACAAGGGAUAUUAUUUCUCCAGUUCAGGAAAGACAGCUAUAUUCUCCAGAGGAAGAAGUUGAGGAUUCCCUAGUCCAGGAAAAAGAAAUUAGCCCUUCGGAUUCAGAAAUGGACACCGCUCCUAUUGCUGAGGAAAUUGCAUCAUCCGUACAAGAACGCAUUGUUACUCCGGAAGUGGAAAGGCAGGUUGCUUCUCCACUUCAGGACGGAGAAAUAACGUCUCAGGCAACAUUUGAAAGGGAUAUGACUUCUCCCACUCAAGAGGAGGAAAUAGUUUCGUCUGCCCAAGAUUUAACCUCGAUUCAAGAGAAAGAUAUCGUCUUAUCUCCUCAAGAAGAAUGUGUACUAGUCAGGGAAACGGUGGAAAGUCCAUCUUUGGAACAGGAAGUAUCCACUGCAGAAAUUGAUGAAGAUAAUUUCGCUACUGUUGAGCCGUCGAUAGGCGAACUUCCAACUGAACCCAUUGAAGUAACUACGACCUGUGAUAAUCUGGAAAGUCCCCAACAGGAACCAGAGCCCGUUGCGUCUGCUCCAUCUCCGAAUGAUGAGGAAUUCCUUAAAGUUGAAACUGAAAAGUCUGAAGAAGUAAAGGCCAAAGAAAAUGUAGAGAAUUUAUUGCAGUUAGAUAGUUUGAGCACAGUUCCACCACUUGAAGAAAAAUGUCCCUCACCGGCACCGCCAAAUGAGAACGAAUCUCUAAAAGCUGAUUCUCUGUUGGAGAUCAAUGAUGAAUCCGGUGUACAGCUCGAUCAAUCCGAAGACAACUCGAAAGCAGAAUUACCCUCCUUCGUUUCAGCUGAACAAAGUGUUGCGCCUUUGUCUUUGGAUGUUGACACGACUAAUGUAGAUCUUCACUUGCAAGAAACAUUGGAAGCGGCUGAGAACUCAAUCGACGUCUCAAACAUUCAGUGUUCUUUAAACAAGUCUGCUGCUGACACGUCUUCAAUCAACACGGCAUCGUUCCUUGAGCGAUCUUUGUUUGAAGAGGUGAAAUGUCCUAUUAGUCCCAAUCUGUCUGUCAACGAGCCCACGGUUACGUCUUGUGAAACCAGCAGUUUACUGAAGACAGAGGAAUCUAUAAACAUUUCACAAUCAUCUCCUGUGAGAGAGCAGCAACCAGACUUAUCUAAAGUUACUUCCACUCCAGUAGCAGAUAAAUUGGAGGUAGUUAAAUCUUUGGCCACAGAGGCAAAGUCCCCAGCUGAUGAUAAGACGUCCAAAGCUAAAGAAGCAGACAAAAAGCCCGCAACAAAGACCAAGGUGACCUCGUCAACAACUGCUAAAAAGGUACCUCCAACCAAAUCUACCUUGGCACCAACCACCAAAACCACAACAACAAAGCCUAGUCCAAAACCUGCUGCUAAACCAAUUUCAAAGACGAAUACUACUGCCUCCAAGGUGAAUUCCACUUCAAAGACUGAACCUGCACUUUCUAAAGUUGCCAACAAAUCGUCAACUACUGCUGCUUCCAAGGCCAAUACCACAACAGCCAGGGUUCCAUUGUCUUCUCGAACGACAACGACAACUAACAAAACAAAUGGUACUGCUGCGAAGCCAGCUACUAAAUUAUCCGCUGGUACCGUCAAGAAAUCCACAGAAGGAUCCAGUAUGAGAAGCGCAACUUCUACAGGUCAGAGCAAGACGACUUCUACAACCGCCAAGUCUACUUUAGCGUCAGCUAGGAGCGCAACUAGCACAGCUGCUCCGAAACAGCGACCCAGUACUUUGAAGUCAGCUGUUACGAAGACUGUGGAUGCGCCUAAGCCGGCAACUGCGAGAACAACAACUGCACCUAGGGUGCCUCUGACAUCUAGAACUACAGCUUCAAAAACUUCAUCCUCGUUGGUUAACAAGGAUGUGAAGGAUUCUGCUGGAAGGACCAUAUCGAAACCUAGAUCAACCACAGAAAAACAAGUUAAAGAGACUGCGAACAAAUUGACAGCUGCUUCGAGAGCAGUUUCGAAAACUACUAGUACUAUUCAGUCUCUGGCUAAAACUACAACUGUUACUAAGAAAUCUGAGGUAACUGGAACUAGAACUGCAACAAGCCGAACGACUACAACAUCUAAAGCACCUAUCAAAAAACCAUCAGAGACCAAUAAAACGGCUACUACGAAGGUUGGCAAGCCUAAGCUGAACGGUGUAGCUCCAGUAGUCAACGAAAAAAUAAUAGUCAAUAACGCCCCAAAGGAAUUGAAUAGCGUGAAUACCAACGGUGAUCAGCAAUUUGUUAAAGACAACUCACCUGUAGACAACAAACUUAUCACGGAUCAGUUAUCGGAGUCGGCAACAAAUUGAACUACUUUUCCACGAUUAGAAUCCUAUUUAUUUCACUUUAUUAAAGUUUAGGUUAUUAUGGAGACGGAUUGACACGUGAAACUCCAGCGAGAGUGUUACAUCACAGGCAUGUUUGCUGAUUGAUUGAAAAGGCCUCAAAGGAAUAGAUCUUUUUUUUAAUCCUCGAUGCCAGGAUAUUCUCCUGUAAAUCUGGCCUUGUGUAUGUUCCAGAAUCCUGUGCAAUCAGUAUGUUUUUCACUGUCUGUUCGUUUUAUUCAACUUACAUUUCGAAUGUUUCUUCAACGAAAUAUUUUAAUUUUAAGGAAUAGUCCAUUUGGCCAAAUUCUCUUAACUUCAAAGAGUAUUUCAAAUCUUCCAAAGUUUAGAAUGGAAAAUUUUACCUUGUUGAUAGUGAGUGAAGAUGACUGACAUAAGGCGUCGUUUCAAUGAUAGUGUUGUGAAAAAAUUAUAGGAUAUAUGGUUAGUCUGAUAGUUUUUCUUUGAUGAAAUUUAUACAUUAUUCAAAAAGAAAAUGUUUAUAUGUUUUUAUAUUUUGUUCGUUUGUUGAAGGUAUGGUGUUGCACCUGAGUGAGGUUUCAUUCGAAAUCAACUUCUGAUUAUACACAAAUCCAUUUAUUAUGUCAUGUAUACUUAAUCUUUACAAUGUAUAAAGCUGUGGUAAUAACCUAUAUUAAAUAUUUCCAAAAGAUUCGAAUGCGUUUUUUACUAUGCGUAGCAUUUUAGCUUUUUAUUGCCUGGUGUGCUGCCUUAUUCACUAUUUAUAUAGUUUUCACUGUUGAAAUUUCUAAUUGGGUGCUAACUACCUAGUUUGUUUCCUGUCUUUUACUUCUGAAUGUUGGAUUAAAUACUUAAUGAGUAACUGUACGGCGUAUCCCAAAGUUUCUGAUUUACGCUAUUAAUUGUACUUAGCCUCAUAAACCGAAACGUUGAAAGGACUACAGAUCUCGAUUUUCCUGAAAAUCUUGUCCAGAAUUGUUUCAGGGAUAUGACCCCAAUUUGUCAAUUUCUUUGAUCUAGUAUCGUUCUUGUUAUUUGAUAUAUCAUAAAACGGUUAAAAUUCUCUGUUUUAACCAUUUUCAUAUAUAUCAAAAAGAAUUUCGAACUGCUAAAAUUCCCAAAAUGAACAUGGUGAUCGAUAGUCCUUUCGAUAUUUUUGUCCAUUCGGCCUAGGAGUACAAGAAACUGCUGAAAUCGGGGACUUUGAGACCCCUGUACUUUCUGCUUGUGAUGUUUUAUUUUUACAUUGUACCAAUAUUUUUUUUCCAGUAAGGUUUUAGAAUAUAGGUUGUUUUAAUAUGUUGGAGUUUUAUGAAAGUUUGUACUUUUUUAAGUCUUCGGCGAUAUGAUUAUUUAUUGAAAAUGUAAUACAGCACAAAUAAAAUUUUAUAGAUCA